AUGAUUUCUAUCUAUCUAUCCCUCAGCACCGUCACAUAUGCGCAAGAGUUCGUCGGUAGUUAUGUACCACCCCUACCAGAAAAUGCACUCGCUGAUCGGGCAUCCAAAGCACACGCCGGUGGACACGCACAGACACAUAGGAACACGACAGUGCAGCAAUCAAGAUACCAUGUGCGUACUGCACCAACCACACCGCCAUCGCCCCAUAAACACCAUAUCAUCCACAGGAACUGGAAUAAAACCUUAGUGGAGGUAGCAACACCAGCGCGAUCGUCGUUGAGCCAGGCAAUAAGGAAAAGCAGUAAAGGUAGCAAUCACCACAUUCUGCUUUUCCUCGCAAAGCGCCUUCUUGCUGGAAUACUUCUGGACAUCGUGAGUGCUGUCAAGUACAAGCAACCAAUCGAGGACAGAGGGGUCUACCUGGGUAAGGUGUCUGAUGAGCGCAGUGAGCAUCUUGGCGGACUCGGCCUUCGCAGCAAGAACAACGCCAUCACCAACAACAUCUUUGAUCAACAAACAGCUUAA